AUGGCGAAGAAGAACCGUAUACCCUCGACUGAAGCCCAAAUGGAGAACCUUAAAACACUUAAUAACCGUCUCCUAAAGGUGGCGGCAGAUGGCCGUAAAAAGAACGAAAAGCUCCGCUCCGAGCUAGCUUCAUUGGCUGCCGACCAUGAAAUCCUUGAUGUCACUGAGCGUGAAGUCUUUAGGUUAGUCCUCUCUGAAGCGACUGCACGCACUACAGAGAUGACGGGGAAGAUGCUGAAGAAGGCUGAGUUGGCUGCUACUGAGCUCCAUGAGGCGGAAAGGCGGCUGCUUGCUAUGGCAAGAGAGAAGGAUGAGGUUAAGAGCUUUCUGGAGCGCACAGCGAAGGAAAGAGAUUUGAGUCGGAGUGAUCUUGAUGAGAAGAGGAAGGAGGUGGAGGAGUUGAAAACAUUUAUUCCGUCCUUGGAGCAAGUGCGGAAGGAGAAGCAGGUUGCUGAUGCCAAGUGCGGAAAGCUUGAAGAAGAGUUGCAAUCUGCCAUGCAUGAAAAGGAUUUUUUGGAGAGAAUCCUUGAAGAUAAUAAACAAUUGGUAGAGAAAUUAGUAAGAGAGAUGGUGCUGAUGAAAAUUGAAGAAGGUGUUGAUUUUGAUGUUUUGAAAACUGAGAAUGAAGAAAAUUGCUCAAAGAUUUCUGCUUUGGAAGAAGAGCGUCGUUCUCUGAAGGAAGUUAGAGGUGAACUGGAAAAUGAACUGUGUGGCAUGAAAGUUUCUGUUAAAAAACUGGAGGAAGAGAAGGUCGAAGCUUGGGAGGAUCAUAAGAGGAAUAUGACUGAGUUAGGCCGUUUAGAGAAGGAGAAGUUAGAAUUACAGAAGAAAUUUGAUUUGAAGGAGGAAGAAACGGCCUUGCAAAUGAAUGAGUUGAAGAGGAAUAUGACGAAAAUGGCAGCUGAGAAGGAUUUUGUUGAUCAAGCCAGCGCUAAAUAUGAGAUUCAGAUCAGUAACUUGCAGGCAGAAAUAUCAAAGCUCCAAUCCGCUAGAAAGAGCCUUGAAGAUGCCCAUAGCACUUGCAGUGAAAAACUAGCCGUUAUAGAAGACAGCCGUGCUGCAAUGCAGAGAAAAAUGAACCAGGCUGUAGCUCAGGAAAUGCUACUACAGAAAAAACUAAAUCAUCUCACUACAGAGAAUGUGGACACAAAGAAACGCAUAAAUUCAUUGAUAUUUGAGAAAGCUUCUCUUGAGAAGCAACUUGAAAUUUCAAACCAAGGACUUCAGGAUAUCGAGAAGAAGCUGAAGAUCUCAGAGGAUGCUUCCAGCCAAGUGUGUUCUCUGUUGAAGAAGAUGACUGCUGAGGUAAUGGAUGCUGAGAGAACCCAAGCGAAUUACAACAGUAGAGAAAGGGGAUUAGAAAUCGAGAACUACGAGGAAAUUAAGCUGUUUGUGGACAAUUUGGAUGCUAUAAAGCUAGCAAUGAAGGACAAAGACGCAAGGAUUAAGGAUCUAAACCAAGGGCUGGAGCUCCUGCAGGUAUCUGUUACCUGUGGAAAGAGCAAAUGGGGAAUAUGGAAGUGGCUUUUUCCUGCUACAACUACCAUCUUUGCUGCUGUCUCCUUGGCCUAUGCUGCAAGGGCACGCUAAGUUCCUCAUUCUGUGACUUGGAAACCUACGUUUUGUUGCGUUCUAUAAGCUUUUAUUUUGAUGAUUGGCAAAAAUCAUUAGUUAUAGAAGACAAUUAGAGUCUGUUCCAGUUGGUAACUACAUUUUAUGCUUUGAUUUACUACAAUACUCGUAACCUG